AUGACUGCAGACGAGACGCGCCCGGUGGAUGCGCCGUCAUUUACCGGUCCGGCGGUACAGGCCACGUUCGAGGGCUUCCUGUUCGACAUGGACGGCACGAUCAUCGACUCGACGGCCGCAGUCGAGAAGCACUGGCACACAGUCGGCAAUGAGAUUGGUGUUGCGCCCGAAGUCAUCCUGCAGACGUCACACGGCCGCCGGAGUAUUGACAUUCUCAAGAUCCUAUCCCCGGAAAAGGCUAACUGGGAGUAUGUCUGCAGUAUGGAAGGUCGCCUUCCCGAGCUGUACGGCGACGACGCCGUCGAGAUUCCCGGUGCACGCGCUCUUCUCGACAAGCUGCGGGCCCAAGGUGCCCCCUGGGCCAUCGUCACAUCGGGCACCGAGCCCCUCGUCAACGGCUGGCUCGGCAAGCUUGACUUGCCGAACCCCGAGCACUUGAUCACGGCCGAGUCCGUGGCCAACGGCAAGCCCGACCCGACAUGCUACCGGAUGGGUUUGCAGGCACUCGGCCUGGCCAAGCAGGGCGAGGAGGGAACAUACGACGUGCUGGUCCUUGAGGACAGCCCUGCCGGCAUCCAGUCCGGCAAGGCAGCGGGUUGCAAGGUGCUUGGCCUCGUGACGAGCCACACGGCCGCGCAGGUGGCAAAGGCUGAACCGGAUUGGAUUGUCGAGGACCUGCGGUCAGUGCGCGUUGUGUCGAUCGAGGCACAGAGCAACGGCGGCGUGCGGACGACGCUGGAGUUCUCCAAUACGCUCGUUGCGCCGAAGACGGCAUGA